AUGGAAUUUCCUAAUGGAGAGCAAUCUCGUGAGCUACUUCAAGCUCAAGCUCACAUAUGGAAUCAAAUAUUCAACUUCAUAAACUCUAUGUCACUUAAAUGUGCAAUUCAACUAGGCAUACCAGAUGUCAUCCACAGCCAUGGCCGUCCUAUGACCCAAUCUGAGUUGGUAGAUGCUCUUCCAAUCCACCAAACAAAAACCAAGUUCAUCUAUCGCCUCAUGUGCAUCGUGAUUCACUCUGACUUUUUUGUGAGGCAAAAGAUCUUAGAAAAUAAUGAAGAAGGAGGUUAUUUGCUCACAUUGGCUUCUCAACUCCUCCUAAAGGACGAGCCCUUUAGCAUGACGCCCUUUUUGCUAGGCGUGCUUGAUCCAAAUUUGACAAAUCCAUGGCACCAUGUGAGGGGUGCUCGAGGCGUUCAAUUCCCUCGUGGACGUUGGCGGUGGCACAAGGACAAUUGCCAAGGCCAUUGCAGACGAAUUCCACAUUUGAAGUGUAUCGUGCUUGAUCUCCCACAUGUUGUGGCCGACCUCGAAGGGACUGAGAGCUUGAGCUAUGUUGGAGGCGACAUGUUUGAGGCUAUUCCUCCUGCAGAUGCUGUUUUACUAAAGAUAAUUUGUAUUGUUUUGCAACUUAUGGGACUCGUAGCUAUUAAUUAUCUUGGUCCCUCCUACUCUAUUGCGAUAGCGAUAUUUUUGGCAACCUAUGGAGUCCACAUAAAAUUUGUGGAAUAG